UUGUUAUUAUUUUUUUCCACUAGGCGGAUGUUUCCUCCAUUUAAAGCAAGGAUUUCGGGCCUCGAUAAGCAGGCCAAGUAUAUUAUGUUAAUGGACAUCGUAGCCGCUGACGAUUGUAGAUACAAGUUCCACAAUGGGCGGUGGGUAGUGGCCGGCAAAGCUGACCCCGAGAUGCCUAAACGAAUGUACAUCCAUCCAGACUCUCCAAGUACGGGGGAACAGUGGAUGCAGAAAGUGGUGUCCUUCCACAAACUGAAACUGACCAACAACAUCUCGGACAAACACGGAUACACUAUCCUGAACUCCAUGCAUAAAUACCAACCCAGGUUUCAUCUUGUACGGGCUAGUGACAUACUGAAGCUGCCGUACAGUACGUUUCGUACGUACGUCUUUAAAGAGACCGAGUUCGUUGCUGUCACAGCUUAUCAAAACGAAAAGAUUACACAGCUGAAAAUUGACAACAAUCCCUUUGCUAAAGGGUUUCGAGACAGUGGUGCUGGAAAGAGAGAUAAAAAGUGA